GAGAAGAGUCAGCUUUAGUGUGGCUCUACUGAGGAGGAAUGAGAACAGCGGCUUUUCCUCCUAUUCGACCGUCUCUCUACGUUUCUGUCUUUCCAUUUGUCUCCCCCUCCCCUCUCUAAUUUUCUCUCACCCUGGAUGCCGCUGCAAUGUGGCCGUCUCUGCAGUGAAAGUGCUAGCUGGCGGAUUCUCCUUGAGUGAACCCUGACUGUGCGCAGUGAGUGUUUGCUGCUCCACCGCUGUCCUGUACACACUGACUCAGCUGUGCAGUGCAGCCUGCCGGCCUCUGAGGGAACACCGGCCGCAGGAGCAGUCUCUUCCACAGGAGUGCUGUUGGGGCUGACGGACAGUCUCACUACACCCAGUGCCUCGUUUGGGGUCCAGACACGCAGACAGCAGGUUCCAGAUUGAAUCCAGUAUACUAGAGAGGCCAGGUUGUGCUAAAGGAUAUUUUACUAGCCAUCUAGAGCCCGGGCUGGAUCCUGCAGCAGUAGUGGUUUUGGAGCACACCUGGCUGCCAUGGAGGUCCAGUGGGUUGGGGUUGAACCCCCAAAGCUGGGCCCUCCGUACACAGCCAUCGGCCUGAUAUUCUCUAUGCUGCUUGGUAUGUGGUCUGCUCAGGCCCUUGAGAUGUCUGUAGGGAAGAUUCCCUUCCUGGAGGCAGUGAAUGGCAGCACAGUCACUUUGCCUUGCUCAUACCUCAGCUGUAUCGGCAUCAAGAACCUCUACUUCAACUGGCAAUUCAAUGACAACGGCACCAUGCAGAAGGUGUGUGAGUCAGUGAUACCAUCAGAGGAUGUGGUGCCACAUGUGAGUAUAUAUCGUGAGCGGGUGGAGUUUGUCGGGAAGAACAACAACAUCUCCAUCGUGCUGUGGAAUAUCACCUUCGAGGAUGGAGGCCAGUACACUUGUUUUGGACGCAACCCCAAAGAAAAGGGGAAGAACCACAGUGCCAUCUUCACCCUCAUUGUGGUGGACGAGUUGAGGGUGGUGGACAACACGCUGGCCACCAUCAUAGCCUCAGCUGUGGGUGGAGCCAUUGCAUUGAUAAUGGGCUUCAUGUUGCUCAAGAACUUCACUCUGUUUGUUCUCGCGAAGCUUGAGGAGAAAAAUAAGGAGUGCCUUGUAACUUCAUCAGGGAUCGACAACACAGAUAAUGGCCUCUCAGGAUCCAAAGCUGAUUCAAAACCAACACCAAAAAAGAAAUGAGAAAGAGCAUGUAUAUAAAACCAUAUCAAUACUCAUAUUUAUAUACCUUCUUUGCAUAUAUUUGGAUAUGCACAUGUGUUUGCACACAUGCAAAUUAAUUAUGUUCAAGUUGGGAUCCUGAAAUCUCUGCCUCGCUGUGGCCUCAAAAGGGAAUAUAUACAUAUGCACACAAUGCUUAUGUGCACGGAAAACUAACUGUGCAUAUGAUAUACAACGAAAGAAUGUGCAAAUCAUGAGUUCACACAUGAUUAUUUAAAACGCAUUUUAAUAAUUUACAUCUAAGAUGUAAUUGCCACUACCAGAAACACUUCAGCUUGGCUUAUUUAUGGUUAUUUGGUCUCCCAUAUAUCUACCUCUUUUGCCCACAUGACCAGAAAACACAUUAAAUGUGUUGUCUUUGUUUUUUUGGGUGUGUUUUGAAUAACAAGUUGAAGGGAACCAUUAACUCUGUCUGGUAAUAAUUAAUUAUUUGACAAGAAAGUUAGUGUGCACUUUUACUCAAUGAAAUGUGGCACAUUUGUCUCUAUGGAAAACAUUGUUCCCAAGUUGUCUCUGGUUAUACUGUGGGGCUGAAAAUUAAUCAUAGACAGUGGAAGAAAACACACUGCUCUGGCAGGCUUAUUUCAUCUGAUUGAUUCCGCACUGUUUCCGCACUGUAUAAUAAAAACAUGCAAGUGGGAUGAGUUUAUUCAUGAAUAUUUGGUCAUUUUAAUCAUUCCCACUGGAAAUGUCAUCACCUGAUACAUACUUACCAAGCAAGUAAACAUAUUGAUUGGCAACCUCUCCUUCAACACUCACUGGUUUUGUGUUUUGUACUUUGACCAAUAGAAAUUACUUUAAAUACACAGUGGAGCAACAAGAAGGUACAGUAAUUAAUUUUAAGAAAGACCCAAUUUAAAAUUCUGUGUAGACACAGGUGCUGCUUAUAGCUAGCAAUUCACAGGGAUUCUGCAGUGAUUAUAAGAUAAGGGAGAGUAUGCUUAUCAGUAAGCUAAGUGUCUCUGGCAGAUGGUAUCUUUUUGUACUCAUUACAACUAAAUGUGCACAUUUUAUUAAAGUAUGUGGAUGUUUGUGUGGAUAUAUGUGUACAUGUUAUUAAAUUAUGUGUGUGUGGGGGGGGGUUAUUCACAAAAAUGUGUAAAGCAGUUGUAUAUCAUUUUGCACAGUUGUGCACUUUGCACGCUGCAAGUCCUUUGUAGCAAUGAUAUAUCAAUAAUUGCAUGUGGCCACAGCCUGAGCACAUAAAAAUUGAAACUUUGACUGUUUCAUCUGAAGUCAAAACAAAAACAAACAUUUUUCUCUUUAAAUGCUUGAGACAGGGAAUAAUGCAAUGUAUUUAUAGCUGGGCUGAAUUCCUCUUUAACUAACACCACAUUCACAAUAGCCCUUUGAUAAUAUGGCCAACUAAAUCAAAAUUUUGAUUUUGAAAUUACUGUAUUGUCCUAUUUCAAUACAACAGUUCUAUCUAACUAAUCUACUGAUCAACUUGUGACUACUGUCCACAAAACAACCAGAGUAUUUUGAUGUAUUAAAACAACUGUAAUAAAACAAUGGGUGAUUUAAGUAGUAUUAGCAGUAUUGACAGAAUAUUGUAGGAUUCAGCCCAGCUCUCCAUCCUGUACCUUCUCUUUGCUUGAUAUAAAACACAGGUGCCUGUUAGUGCUUCUAUGCUCCUCUGUCAGUGAUGACAACUACAUAUUGCAAAACAAUUUAUAAAACUCAGCAAACAGUAAUAGUAGAACAAUCUUCUUAACUUAAAUGAUAGACAAUCCCCAGAAACAAUCCCCACCCCCUAGAAAAUGAAUGACCAUCUGAUGAUGCUGCUUUUAAGACAAAUAACCGAUGCAUUUUAAGCAUGUGCAACAUGGGGCAGAUUUUAGACACAAUGCUUGAACUGCAAUAGAUACCUUUUUGAAAAAAACGUGUCAAUAUACGAACACUGGUAGCGUCAGAUGAUCAGAUCUGAGGUUAACUGUAAAUCCCAUUUUAUGCUAUGCUAAUUUCAUUGUGCAAACCCUGGCUAAGGCUAAGCACUCUUUAGUGAUGUGGCCCUGGAUACUGUGUGCCCGGAUCAGACUCAACAUAUCCCUUUUGCUUAGUAUGUGCCUCUUCAUGGAUAUGGCUCGUUUUUCCUGAACACUGACAAACGUUCAUUCUGUCAGUCUUUGCAAUAAAUAAUCUUUACUAGCUACACUGCAGUUGCCCUGCCCAUGUAUAUGGUAAAUUACCCAUAAAUUCAUAGUUUAAAAGAUCAUGUGAUCAGGUCUCACAGAUCAGGAAUUGGGGGGGGGGGGGGGGGGUAUCCUGUUCAAGCAGGAAAUAAGAUGCUGUCAGUGUAGCCCACUGUGUGUGCCAAAUGGAUGAUUCCUACUGAUAAUCAUAUUAAGAAAUGAAUGUAUGUGUAUCCAACAGUGCAAUAACGUUUCACCUGCAUUUACAAUAUGUAUCUGUUGUACAUUCAACACACUGAAUGUCUGGUUUUAAAAAGAAAAUACCUCUGGAGAGUAGGGCAGGUGUGUGGGUGAACACCGUGUCUGGUCAGAUAUAAACAUAUCUCCCCAGUCACAACAGGUGUUGAAUAAGCAUACUGUACAGUAAGGUGUGAAUUUCUGGUGGUUUCUGAAACUCACUGUUAAGUUAAUAAUAAUGUGCCUCCACAUAAAAGUGAUUCCAGUCUUUAGUCACUGACUUGAAGCAAUAUUAUAAAAAGGGGUGUGUUGGGCAAGAUGUAUAUUUUUGUGUAUAUAUAAUCCAAACCAGUGUUGGUGUGUCACAUUGAUCAUCCAAGUGAGAGAAGAAUAGGCCUAAACCAAACAGCACACAUGAGGAAAAAGUCGGGUGCUAAUUAAAAUUCUCCAAGGUUCCAUGAAAUGAUAUUGUUAGUUGCUCAAUUUCCUGUUGAAACAGCAUCAGAUGGAGAGGGAUCAAUCUUUAAGCAAUGGUUUGACAUACACUCAUUAGCUGAGAGUUAGAUGACAAGUUCGAUACCACUGGCAUCUGGUAAAUAUGAAGAUGCAGACAGCAGUCGGUUAGCUUAGCUUAGCAUAACGACUGGGGAAACAGUUAGUCCAGUUCUGUCCAAAAGAAACAAACUCCUAUAGCAGCACCUCUAACGCUCACUAAUUAUCAUGUUAUAUCUUGUUUGUUUGAGUGUAAAAACAACAUCUUGUGGUUUUACAGAAGGGUUAAGGAUCAGACUGGUUCUUGUCUGGAAGUAGUGACAUCCCGGAGUCUCCACUAAUUGCCUGGCAACUGCAGAGUGACGAAAGCACCCCAGGACUUAAAUAAAUGAGAUAUAUGUGUUAAUUCGUAGAUUUAAAGGUGUUGGUAGGCAGAUUCUUUUAUUUUUGGACAGAGCUACGUUAGUUUUUCCCCGUGCGACCAGUCUUUUUGCUAAGCCAUGCUAACUGUCUUCUGGCUCCAGCUCCAAACUUAAGAUGCAGAAAUGAGAGAUUUCAACGUUCUCAUCUAACUCUGGGCAUGUAAGAGAAUAAAGGUAUGUCCUAACAUAUUCAAACUAUUCCUGGAAGUACAAACCAAUGGGCUAUUGGUUAUGAAAAAAUAAUACUUGAUGACUGACAGAAAGACAAAAUUGCUGUGAUGACUUCAUUGUCCCACAUCAUGGGACCUUUGAGAAAGAUAUUGCAGGUACACAAGGUGUGAGAAAUAUUAUUAUUAUUAAAAGUAAUAUGCAUUUGUCAUGUGUGUGUUUACCAUAUUCUUGUUUGCGUUAAAAAGUGAAAAUCCACCCUCUAACAGGACUAUGAAUUUUGUUGUCAAGAAAUCUAGUCUUAACAUUUGGGCUGUUGCUGUGACUUUGGAAACAUGAACACACACCAUAUACUCAAAUAAUUUAAUUGCAAUAAUUUAAUUUACCAGUUGAAUAGCUUUUUUUUUCUCUAAAUGCACAAGGCUAAUCUCUGUCAGUUGUAAUUAGACUUGUGACUGUGAUUUGUCUGAAUUACCGUCUCACUGAAUCAAUGAAUUGAAAACACAAAGCCUAUGGGUGAGUGUGUCAGUGAGGGCCUUAUGAUGACAAGCAACUCUAUGCAAAUCACAACAGAAGUGAAUACUCUGACAGUUUGUCAAACUGCACCUUUGAGUUACUGUGAGAGUUCAGUGAGCAAUAGAACAGUGUCCUGGAUGAGGGAGUGAUGAUAUAGGAUGCAGGGGGGAAUGGGUGACAUCCAGGGAGGAGCGGACUGGAGCCCUGUACUCAGUCAGACCCUGCAGAGUGUGUAGACUCACCACGUCAUACUCCACCGCUGCUCUGCACACAAAUAUACAGCUAUAAUGCUCUGGCUUGCCCUCAAAUGAUGUCUCAAUUUUUAACCCCUCAUCCGUGCAUUACAGCUGUUGAUCUCUUUAUUACAGAAACAUGAAAUCUAAUAAAGUUUUGAAUAAAA